AGGCGGCAGCCGGGAGCUUGGGAACACGCGCUCGGGACCCCGAGGUGCCAGCGCGGCUACUUGCAGCUCUCCGGGAGCGGCGCGGCGCGCGGGUGGGACCCCUCAGCCCACAUCCAUCAGGAAUAGGCGCCGAACUACAGUCCCCAGGGUCCCCGGGCGCGGCGGGCGCGUGGUGCGGGGCCCGGCGGCCUCUGCGGCGAUAAAGAGCCUGACCCAGCUGAGCCGAGACUCUGCGCGGAGCGGCGGCUGCCACGGCGACGGAGGCGGGCCCGGCCUCUCGACUUUUUUCAGCAGCUCAAUGGCCUCCCCGAAGAAAAGACUUCAAGGUCUUGUAGCUGCAACCAUCACGCCGAUGACGGAGCACGGAGAAAUCAACUUUUCAGUAAUUGGACAGUAUGUGGAUUAUCUCGUGGAAGAACAGGGAGUGAGGAAUAUUUUUGUGAAUGGCACAACGGGAGAAGGCCUGUCUCUGAGCGUCUCAGAGCGCCGCCAGGUCGCAGAGGAGUGGGUGACAAAAGGGAGGAACAAGUUGGAUCAGGUGGUAAUUCAUGUAGGAGCACUCAGCUUGAAGGAGUCACAAGAACUGGCCAAACAUGCAGCAGAAAUAGGAGCCGAUGGCAUUGCUGUCAUUGCACCUUUCUUUCUCAAGCCAUGGAACAAAGAUGUCCUGAUUGAUUUCCUAAAGGAGGUGGCUGCCGCUGCUCCUGCACAGCCAUUUUAUUACUAUCACAUUCCCGCCUUGACAGGGGUAACGAUACGUGCUGAGGAGUUGUUGGAUGGGAUUCAGGAGAAGAUCCCCAGCUUCCAAGGGCUGAAAUUCAGUGACACAAAUCUCCUAGACUUCGGGCAGUGCGUGGAUCAGAAUCGCCAGCGACAACUGGCUUUCCUCUUUGGGGUGGAUGAGCAACUGUUGAGUGCUCUGGUGAUGGGAGCAACUGGAGCAGUGGGCAGUACCUAUAAUUACCUGGGGAAAAAGACAAACCAGAUGUUGGAGGCUUUUGAACGAAAGGACUUCUCUUCCGCCCUGAACCAUCAGUUUUGUAUUCAGAGAUUUAUCAACUUUGUGGUCAAACUAGGUUUUGGAGUGUCCCAGACCAAAGCCAUCAUGACUCUGGUGUCUGGGAUUCCAAUGGGCCCACCCCGACUUCCACUGCAGAAAGCCUCCAGGGAAUUUAUUGAAAAUGCAGAAGCUAAACUGAAGAGCCUGGGUUUCCUUUCUUUCACUGAUUUAAAGGAUGGAAACUUGGAGCCCUGUAGCUAAUGCCUCUCGAUCAAAUCAGGGUGUGUGCAUGGAGAUAUAAUCCACCUUGAAUAGUGCAUUCAUUUCUCAAGGACUUUUUCAAUGAGCUUGAACUAAACGCUUUCCUAGCAAAUGAAAUCACACACCAAUCCUACAGAACUUAACUACGAUCCUACAGAAGUUUUAUUUUCAAAGGGGCAAAACUUCUAUUAAUACAAGGAGUUAUGAGCCCUAAGUCAUUCAAUAUUUCACAAAAUCUUUGUGGAGAAACAUCUGCUUAUAUGGAUGUAAUGGAAUCAAGAAGAAAAUUGUAGUUGAUUAUUUCUAUCUGCCUUUGGGGGCUCCCACGAUCUUGAUUUCUGGUUCUUAAUCCUAUUUUAAAGUUUUCUAAUUUUAAACCACUGUAAUGUACUUUAAUUUUAAUAAAUAUUCAUUUGGAAUCUAGGCCUACUCUGAGCCAUUUAGGCAGGUAUGGUAACUUUAAUGACAAAUUAUGACAUGCUUCAGCUAUGCACAGCUCACUUCGCUGCUCAGUCUAACUCUAGAACGCUUG